UAAUCCCACAGAGCCAACUCCAAAUAAAGUUAAAUAUAUAAAUAAAAUAAAUUGAACUCCUACCUGGGGUUUCUUUUAUAAAUUUAUUUAUUUAAUUUAUUUGGAAAAUAACAAAUAAUUAGUAAUAAAUGAGGAUGUCUAAAAAUGUCAAAGUGUUGGUCUCUCUAGUUCUUGUAGUGUUCUUGGCUCUUGCAGCAACCAAUAUUGAGGCAAGAUACAUAGAUUAUCGUGAUCUUAAUAGUGGAGAUCACAGUUUGGCUUGCGAUAAAGCGAAGCCUAGCACCUGCAAGAAGCAAGAAGCCAAUCAUUACCACAGAGGAUGCGAGACGGUCGAGCGGUGCCGUGGAUCUGCUUAAAUUAUACAGAUGAUAACCGAAGAUCAUAUUCAUGCAUCAAAUUAGUUUCCUAAUUUGGUCAAUUUAUAAAAAUGCAAUCCUCAUGUUAAUUUGAGAUGAUCAAAUUAAUUUCCUUGUUAUUUAAUUAGUCUGUUAUUGGCUUUGUAAUUGAUUCUAACACGAUGAUGUUACGAUCAAAUAAAUAUGAAUAUUAUUUGUUCUCUA